ACAUAACAAUCAUUUAUUAUUCAUUGUAAAGUUUUCACACCGGUUUACAUCUCUUACAACAACCACAUUGUCAGUGUGACUGUAACGUCGCUUAGACUUAGACUUGUCGUCGCUCUGCUCGGACUUUCCGUCGAUUCCUCUCUUGACUGAAUCCCUCUUCCCCUCCAUUAAUAACCUCCACACAAGUCAAUGUUACCAGUGAUUUGACGUCGAGCACAUGGCAAACGUGACCUUAUGCCUUUCGUUGGUCAAUGGUACAGACAUUCUGAACCAUCCAUUGACAGUGUGUCCAACGAAUAAUCGCAGUUACAGGUCAGUCUUUUUAUUAUAUUGAUACUUGAUACUUUUCGCUAAUGUUUUAAUGCCAACCCAGACUGCACCGUCGUGGCCCAAUUCCCAAUGGUGUCCGCGCUACUACUGGUCUUCUCACAUCGCACAGCGACCACCAAACCGUUACCCUUCCCAUGCCACACCCCACCCACACGCAAGGCGCCACUCCCUAGACCACUGCCAAAUGCCUGCGGGAUACCCAUAGCGCCCAACCAGCAUGCCACCUCUCGGUUCCACCCAAGCGCCCUUUACCCAUGUCAGGCCCCAUCAUCGAUCGCCAUUUGGCAGCGGCUAGCACACUUUGCUUGGUGGUCUCUUGUUCGUCACCAAAUAUCUCCCGCACAAGGGCAGGGUUGGACCGGAUGAUGUAUGGCGACCUAUUAGAUGAAGGGAGAAGGUUAGUGAGAGGUAUCGGCAGCAACAGAAGGAUCCAGAAAUGAUGGACAAGCGCCCCAUUCAUUCAAGGGAAAGAUGCAGGGUAUAUUAGGGAGUGGGGGAUUUGGCUUCAGAGGGUUUCCAUUGAGUAUCCGCUCAUACUUGUCUUGUAAUUAUGGUAGAAUAUGACAAUUCAAGAUCUCUAUUAAAAUAUCAAAA